CGCACGCUCGCUUCCGUGCCGCGCCUCUCGCCGGAUCCACUGCAUCGUGUGCUCGCGAGUCGCGUCUCCUCCGGAUCCACCGCAUCCUGUGCUCUCGCCGGAUCCAUCGCACGCUCGCGUCUCUUCCGCUCGUCCGCCAUCACUGCACCAAAGGCCGGGUGUGCUCCACUGCUCGCGUCUUGCCUCGCUUCCUGCAGCUGUGCUUCCUGGUGAAUGCUUGCGUCUCGCUGCGCCGCUCCUCCGUCCCUCCCUCGCUUCUCUUCUGCGAUUAUUGCUGCCUGCACUUCACUGCUUGAUUCUGCCGCUGCAACAACAGUCAACACUUGGUGUAAGAAAAAGUGAAGAAUAGUGCAUUCUAACGUGUGAAAAUGUCUGCGCUAUUCAAUUUCCAUUCGUUCCUUACUGUGAUACUACUUGGAAUAUGUGCCUGCACUUACUUCAAGAUGCAGUUUCCAGCAGUCCUUGAACAAAGAACUGGAUUUCGUGGGUUCUUUUGGAAGGCGGCAAGAAUAGGGGAGCGAUUAAGCCCGUGGGUAUCCGUAGGUUGCUUUAUGAUGGGUGUUUCAAUAAUCUUCUUCUGAGCUACAUGGUACCUCUAUUCAGUGGGUCAUCCAUUCUAUGCUCUAGUGCUGUUCUAUAUGCUGAAUGAUUUGCAGGACCUGGAAUUAGUUUGUACUUGCAUAUUUUUACGUGAGAGCCCUAUGAACUUGUUCCUUGUUUCAAGCUCAUUUAUUAAUUUACCCGAUUCAUUUAUUAAUAUCUGUGUCUAUUUUCUCCAGAGGCAUACAUUUAUCAUUGUGGAAUGUGCAUUUUAUUUUUCUCCUAAACCUAUUUGAACUUCCCCCACUGGUAUUCUAUAAGCUUCGAUAUGAGGAAAACUAAGCCAACAAUGUUUCAAUUA